GCGAGGAGUUCGGAAUAGGGGAUAGGGCAGGGAAAACUCUGAGGGGGAUUGGGAUGAGGGCAACGAGAUCCGGAACGACGACAUCGGGAUCGAAGUCGGGAUGGGGGAAGGAGGGGGGUCGGGAUAGGGAAGGAGGAAUUCGGUAUCGAGGUCGAGAUGGGGGAUGGGGGCGACGGGGUCGGGAUGGAGGAUGGGGGCGGUCCGGAGGUCGGGGUAGGCCACAAAUUCGGGAUGGGGCGAUGGGGGCGAACUUAGAGGGAAAUCGAGAUGGGGGCGAGGAGAUCCAGAGAGGGAAAAGGGGUGCGAGAAGCGACGACAUCGGGAUGAAGGGGAAGGGGCGGGGGUCGGCCUCGAGGUCGAGAUGGGGGAUGGGGGCGACAAGGUUGGGAUGUGGGAAACCGGCAUCCAGAUCGGGAUGGAGGGGGUCGGGCGAGGAGAUCCAGAUACGGAAACCAGCAUCCAGAUCAGGAUGGGGGCGGUCCGGAGGUCGGGGUAGGCCACAAAUUCGGGAUGGCGCGAUGGGGGCGAACUUAGAGGGAAAUCGGGAUGGGGGCGAGGAGAUCCGGAUAGGGAAAAGGGGUGCGGGAAGCGACGACAUCGGGAUGAAGGGGAAGGGGGGGGGGUUGGCAUCGAGGUCGAGAUGGGGGAUGGGGGCGACAAGGUCGGGACCGCUGGAGGACCGCUACCAUUAUGAUGAUAACAACAUCAUGAAUGCCGCUAACAACAUCGCCGAUGAUGAUAUCAACACCGACAGUAAGAAUAAAGACUAUCUCACCGCUGUGGCUCCCAUCGAUGCCCUCAACAGUAACGGCAGUAACAACAACGACGUCGGUAACAACGGCAAAAACAACAACAACAACUGCAACAACAACAGCAACGACAACAGCGACAACAACAUCGGUAACAACGUCAACAACAACAACAACAAUAACAACAACAACAACGGCAUCAACAACAACAAAAACGAUAACGGCGCGGACGGUGAUCAUCGUCAAGAUGACGGUGACGAUCGCAUCCACGUCAUCCAGGACGCCGCGGACAUCGAUUUGGACGGGGUCAGCUUGUACGGGCGAAAUAGUAUUGUGCCGAUCCUGUGGGAUCGGGGUGGGAGGGUGGCAGGGUGUGGUAGGGGCCCGGAUCUUCGUCCUUUCAAUGUUUUCAACAAGGAAAACAAUAUCAAUGACAACAAAAACGACACCAAUCGUGAGGCGGUGAGCUCGAUUGGGGAUGGGCGAGUGACGAGGAAGAUAGGGUGGAUUGGCAAACGGGAAGGCGGGGUGUGGGCGCGAAGAGCGGGGAAGUGGCGAGAGGGGGUUGGAUAGUGCGAGAGGAGUGGGGAGGUGGCGAGAGGGGGUUGGACAGUGAAAGCUAUAUGUUGGGUCGUCGCUGGAUCGUUGCUUCCUGUCUUGGCCACGUGGCAAUUCCGCUUGGUGAUUUUCAUUUCCUGUGUUGAUUCUGGAUUGUGCCACGUGUUAGAACAGGCAGUCAUCAGCGCUGCUAGUUUGAUAGAUUGGCAGGGCAGGCGGCUGCCUGAGUGAGUGAUUGGUGACCUGUUGUUUAAUUAGGUUGGUGGGUGUGAAUCCGGGUGAUCUGUGUAAUCUGUGUAAACGAUGCCCCCCCACUU